UAAUCGGGCCGGGGUCAAAGUUGAAGCGAGCCGAUCAACCUUCAGACUAUGUACUAUAUUUUCAGGUGUGUUUUUGUUCAACUUUCCCCAUACAGAGAUAUUCAAACCGUUGAUAAACAAACAAAAAAUGAAGCCUUCGCAAGACCUUCUGAGAGUGUUUCUGUGCGGCGCCCAGAGCACCGGUAAGACCACGCUUCUGAACGACCUGACAACUGAGGUUCCGAAAAUCCACGGAGAACCCGAGGUGGCCCGGCGGGUGAUACAAGGCCUGGGGCUGACACGGGAGGACUUCGACUACAAGAAAAACCCUAAAGGGUUUGAAGAUCUCCAGCUGAAGAUUUUAGACGCGCAGUGUGAGACGGAGAGGACAAAUGCGGCGGCGGGGAGAGACUACAUCGCAGACCGGGGGAUAGACCCGGUGGUGUACGCGCACGUCUGUCUGGGCGAGAACGCCAAACAACGUCUGCUAGAAACACAGCAGGCUAAGGAGUGCAUUGAAAGGUACAAGAAGUCGCUGGUGUUCGUCAUCACGCCGCACCAGGAGUGCAUCAAGGAUGACGGAUUCCGGAUGACGGGGACGCUGGAGGACCUGCAGCGGUAUACCGUCGCCAUGACAACCAUUCUGAACGACAACGGCAUCCCCUUCACCACAAUCCAGGAGCUCGACCGUCAGAAACGCGUCCAGAUCGUCCGGGAGAAAAUUCUGGAAAUCCGGCCUGACCUUGGUGCUGAAGCUGCGAAUUCGAAGAUUAAAGAAACCCAACAAAACUAGCACUAGUAUCCAAGCAGAUCAUAUGGUGGAAAGGCAGUAUCCAUUAUCCGGAGAAAUGUCCAUGAGCCUUCGGUGGCCGUGCAAACUCCUCUGGCUAAUGGAUACUGUCUUGCCACCAAAAGGGAUCUGCUUUGAGAUAGCUAGCACCACGUAUGUUGUAGAAUGUUGUAUAACUUCACACAUAGUCUCUCAUAUCAUUGUAUCUUCUCUUUCAUACAUAUUUUUUGUAUCUGCAAUUAGCCCUCGUACAUGUAUUUGGAAUAACCUUUCCACUAUUAGAGAUAACAACAGAUUAUGACAUCAUCUACAUCAUUAAGGGCCACGGCGGCUCUUUACUCACCAGCAAGUCCAUAAACUGAAUUGAAUCAACAUAAUUCAAGAAGAAUUGUGAUUUUAUCUGUAGAGUAGGAGAUAUGAAAAGUAAUCAUGUGUACAUGUAUUAAACGAUGGUGAAAGGUCUUAAGUGCAAUAUUGAAUGAACGAUCUAAAGUGCAAUAUUGUACAAUAUAUGUAUAUAUAUAUGUAUAAGACGCUAGUAUACAAAACUGGAGCAUUACUAUAGAAUAGAGUGUUUGCAUCUCUUCCUUGAUAAGAUUCUGACUGAGAGAGUAUUUGUCUCCCAGCUGCAGCAUAAUAAGAAUUGAGUG